UUGUCAAUAAGAAAAUGUAUAAACGGUAUGUAUUGGAAGUGGAAAAAAUGGGGUACUCUUGCAGUCAACCAUUACAACAAGGGAAUAACACGUCAGAGCAAGCUGAGCAGAAGAUAAAGGAAACGACGACACUAUUGCAAAAGAAGGCAGAAGCAAAAGUGUGUCCAGAAGAUGUAUUACAGGCAAAGGCUAUUGUUGGUCGCAUUGACAUGGAAUGUCCAUCACAAGCGAAAAUUGUCCGUAUCUUUACCAGCAGUACAUUUACAGAUACAAAACAAGAGAGAAACAUGUUGAUGAAGUUUGCUUACCCCAAACUAAAGGAGUAUUGCCGGAAAAUAGGUUACGAGUUUCAAGUGGUAGACAUGAGGUGGGGGAUCCGAGACGAGGCUACUGACGAUCACAUGACAACGGAACUUUGCCUCAAAGAGUUGAAACUGUGCCAGAAACUCUCAACCGGACCAAACUUUGUUUCUCUUCUCUCCCACAAGUACGGGUAUACACCAUUCCCAAGAGUGAUAGAGUCUGGAGAAUUUGAGAAAAUAUUUAAUAAUGUCGAGGAUAAAGGAGCAAAAGAUCUAUUUCAAAAAUGGUAUAGGAAGGACGAUAACUCUGUACCCCCAGCAUAUAUACUGUUGUCCGUUAGCACACAUAUAUCUGAUUUUCUCAGCGAGGAUGAGGGGAAGAAGAAGAUGGCAAAGAAUAAAUGGUGGGAAGAGAGUCAAAUCAUGCAAGAAACCCUGUCAGAAACAGCCAAGAAAGUCUUUGAUAAGGAAACUGCCCGACAAUACAUACAGUCUGUAACGGAAACGGAGACAGAAGAGGGGCUUAAACCCAAUAUGGCGAAAGAUCAUUUUCUCUGGCUGAAUAGAAAUAUCGAAGACAUUGAGAAACAAGAAAGCAGCUAUGCUCUGUCAAGAUAUAUAGAAUGUAUCGGUCCAGAAGAAAAGGUCCAAAGAGCCAGGCAAAUGUUGAAGGAAUUAAAGGAGGAUAAAUUGAAAAAAAUUCUAGACCCUACAAAAAUUCUUAAUUACAGCGUCAAAUGGAGUGCUACUGGUAUUGACCCAAAUUCGUCAGAAGAGCACAAAAGGUACUUAGAAUCAAUGUGUGACGACUUUGUGCAGCACAUGAUUGGCAUGGUGGAAAAGUCUGUUGCAGAAAAAGAAAAAAUCAACGAUCCUCUGAUAGAGGAGUGCCUUCAACACAUUCGAUUCUGUCAAUCCAAAUGCGAAGGUUUUACCGGAAGAGAAGGAACGUUAGAGAAAAUCAAAAGCUACAUGACAGGUUCCGGUGCAGGAGGCAACCAGCCGCUAGUGUUACACGGAACCAGUGGUACCGGAAAAACAUCUAUACUCGCCAAAGCUGCUGAGAUGGUUAGAUCGUGGAUGAGUACACCGCCUGUUAUCAUUUUGAGAUUUUUGGGAACAUCUCCGGACAGUUCAGAUUUGAUGUCGUUGCUUUAUAGCAUAUGCUCUCAAAUAAGACAGGUUUAUAAUCUUAAACCACUGCCAAGAACACAGGACAUAGAGGUACAGAUAAAUGAUUUUGAAUUUAUUAUGAAGGAGAGUCGUCCUCACCUACCUCUGGUGCUGAUCCUGGAUUCACUUGACCAGCUAGACGACACCUACAAUGCUAGACAAAUGACUUGGUUGCUUCCCAAAUUAACACCCACAACAAAAGUGAUUCUUUCAACAUUACCGGAGCCAAUUUACCAGUGUUUCCCGGCGUUGCAGUCAGUAAUCACCGCACCAGAAAAUUUUUUGGACGUUCCAGUGCUUGAAACAUCAGAUGUUAAAAGUAUUCUAAAUAAGUGGCUAUUAAUGCGAAAAAGAAAACUGACAGACCAACAACAAAAAAUUAUAUUGAAAGGUUUUAAGAAGUGUUCUACUCCCCUUUUCCUGAAACUAUCGUUCGAGGAAAGUACAACUUGGAUGUCAUUUUAUUCGCUCGAGAAAACCGCGCUACAAUCUACUGUGCGUGAAAGCAUUGAACAUUUGUUCGAGAAAUUGGAGAAGAUGCACGGGAAAAUUCUUGUAUCGAGAGCGCUAUCUUAUCUUACUUUAGCGCACAACGGAGCUUCCGAAGCUGAGCUCGAGGACAUUUUGUCGUGCGAUGAUGUCGUGCUGAAUGACGUGUACAUGUAUUGGACACCUCCAGUGCGGAGAUUACCUCCCUUACUUCUUGUAAGAGUUAGGAAUGAUCUUAGUCAAUAUUUAGUGGAGAGAGGGGCAGAUGGAACUCGAGUAAUGUACUGGUAUCACCGACAGUUUACAGAAGCUGCCAAAGCCCGUUAUUGUUCGGAUCAAGAACAAAAUAAAGUCAUUCAUUCCAAUCUUGCUGAUUUCUUCAACGGAACCUGGGCAAACGGUACCAAAAAGCCUUUUACAACAUGUAGCGGGCAGAUAGGUGAAGAAGAUCGUCACGUGUCCGCUCAGCCGCUGAAGUUUGGGGAGGACUACAAUAUUCGCGCCCUCAGUAACCUCCCUUACCACAGAAUUAAAGCUUGUGAUGAAAAACUUCUAGAACAGCAAUGUCUUGCUAACGUUUACUUUUUAAUGUCAAAAAUCGGAGCCAUGCCUCUGACAGCAACGUUGAAUGAUUUUAUCUCGGCGAUUGAAGCAUUUCCCGAAAAUGAUCUGAUCAAGAUGAUAUAUGAUUCCAUGUUGUUAUCUCAGAAAGGUCUUGUUACUGACCCUGGACAGAUUGUUCCUCAACUUCUUGGGAGAAUGGAGGAAAAUCAUGUAAACAAAGAGUUCAUAGAUCAAUGUAGAGCAUAUCCGAAAACUUUCAUAGAACCGGAAGAAAGAAUACUAGAGAGACCAGGGGGACAACUUGUUCAUUGUGUAGCGGCUCACAAAUCUAAAAUUAACAUGAUGGAUAUAACCAAAGAUGGCAGUCUUGUUGUCACUGGUGAGUUAAUACGACCUGUUCAACGAUUUGUUAGAGUGACAAUGAGAUAA